GCACAAACAACAUGCAAUGACGUAAUUAUUGUGUUGUGGCAGCCAUGACGCGAAAUCCGUUUUUAAAGAUUGUGUAACGUCCGCUCUAGAACAUCUAGUUGCGUCAGGUUUGCUCACAACGCACGAUUUAUUCAUGAUCACACGUUGAUAAGAAACAAAUUUAAACCUCUGGGGCCGGGUUCAAGACCGAGUGUUGACGCAGAAAUGGACUGGGAUGGAUGGAAAUUAUCACUAAGCAAUCCUAUAUAUUGUCAAAAUGAUACUCUCUAUUACAUGGACACUCAACCACCUCAUUUCCUGUUUCUAGUGCAAACUGUUUUGUUUCUGGCUAUUUCAAUAGGCUGCAUCUGUGUAUGUAUACCACUGCUAUUCAUUUUCAGAAUGAUCCAGCAAGUAUGGCAACAAGGAUUCCAAACAAUUGAGUAUUGUCAAUUGUUGAGCAAAUGUAAAAAGGAGUGGCCCUUUUACAACAUCCUCGUACAACUUGGAAAGGAAUUUUCAGAAACAGACGUUAGACGUGCCAAGCAGUACCUCAAAUCCUGUAUUUCUCCUUCCUCUGAUGUCACAUCAGGAGAAGAUGUUUUGUUUGCAAUAGACGAGGCCUGCCAAAAAGCUACAAUAAACACUGAACAAUUUGUAUGUGAACUCCUCAAACAACUAGACAACAAGUCGCUUCAGAGCAAAUUUGAGCAACUCACCCACAAAAAGCAUAAAACUGAAAGACGGUCACAGACAUGCAUAAUUGUGACUAGUUCUAUUGAAAGAACCUACAGUCACCUGCCACCAGAAUUACAAGCAAUGCGAAAAUUCAUGCAAGGUGACGAUCAAGGAAUGAUAAUCCACAUACAAGAAUUCCUUCAAACUCGUGUUGGAGAACAUUCCUGUAGUAAUGCUAUGCCCAUACCAUCGGUCUCUUUUCCUAACUGCACAUUCAGUGGUUUAGAUCUAACACAUAUACAGAAUCCAGAUGUCUGUUCUGAUAUUGAAAGGAAUUUCUUUCUGUGCAUGCUUGCAACAUUAUCUUUUCGAAAGACACAAAAUCAUGAACAAACACGGUGGCUAAUAAAUCUCAUGUCUCCUAUAGAAAGGGCACAUUGCAAAGCACAGAUGUAUGGGUCUUAUAAGACUGAAGAACAGCAAGCGCAGUGUCAAGCAAUGCUGGAUUAUCUGCAAUUAAAUAAACCAAAUCUUUCAACUUAUGAGUUUAAUUUGAAACAAUCACUUGUAUAUGACACCUUGGGAAUACUGUUAUCAAAAAAUCCACAAGGACUGGACAUCGCCGGAUUUCAACAAAAGAAGGAGAAUCACGACAGAGCAAGGGUACUUCGUCAAAGUCUCUGUAUACAAGAACAAUCAGGCUACUUGGAAAAAUUCACUUUGCAGCUGAAUUCUUACUCAUCACUACAAAGUGCUGGCUAUGCUAGAGCAAUCCUCAGUUGUAAAGACAUUUCAUUGUCUCCUAAUGACAGAAUAUCUCUUGCUAUCGAUGCAGAAAGUAUCCAUAGUAAGUCUAUGACUGAACAGCAAUUGCUACUCAAUAUGCUGGGCAUACAUCCCGAUGAGACAUGUUGUAUUCCUGGAAUGUUGGCUGCUCGAUUUGACAACAUGCUAAGAGGAUUGCGCAUUCAACAGCUGUCACUUUCAUUGCUUUCUUCAACUGAUGCUCAACAGGAAAACAUGUUGCAUCACAUUCACACACAAAUGAGCUUUAUUAGAAGAAGUUUUGAAAAAGUUCCUGAUCAUUGGAUGGAUGAAAAUUUAAUUGCACUUUGUGAUGGAAUGUUAUUCAGAAACAACUUCUUGAAAGAACAAGUCAUUUCAAGAACGAUUCAAGGAUUUGCUUUGGAUAACCCUUAUAUACCGGAAUGAAAUAAAUUCUACAACAAAUAGUAUUAGAUAUCUGGACACUUGACAUAAAGAUUAUACUAUAUUUACUCAAGAUUCUGAAAUAAAUUUUACGACGACUGCAUAGAGUACGAGAUAUAUCUGGACACUUGACAUAAAACAAUGUGUAUACUGGUAGUCACAGUAGAAUGUACUCUAGCAAGAAUUGAACCUUCAAUAGCGCCUCUAUGUGUCGUUGUAAUCAAGCUUGGACUUUGAAGCUGAGUAAAUGGAUCAUAUGGUCUGCAUGUUG